AUGCUAUAUCUAAAAAUCAUAUGGUCUUUUUACCUAGUGUUUUUUGUAGGAGGAGUGUUCUCUGUUGAACUAUCGGAUGUAAGUGACACUGCUAUAAGGACACAGAGAGACAUCUCAAGAGAUAUACCCAUAGAUCAAGUAUCAUCUCUAGGCAUUUCUUUAAAUCAGCUUAUAUUUGAAAAGCAAGGAUACACAGAUGAAGCAGUAAAUUCUAUUACUACGGUGCUAUCGUUAGGGGUUGGGACUCUAAUGGUUGACAUCUAUUGGAAUGAAUUCACUCAGAGAUGGCAAUUAUGCCCAGCCCCGUUUCCGUCGAAUUCGACUAUGAACUUGUCUGCUGUGGUGGACGUAAGCUGGAACGAACAGGUAUAUAAUUGUCAAGUAAAUACAACAAUAGAAUCGAUAUUUAGUGUUGUCGAUUCCUUUCUACGUACAACUAACACCAAUACCGAUGCCAAUAUGAUUAACGUGUUGGUCAAUUUAAAAGAUAUACGAUACCCAGAUACACAAUAUUCUAAUUUGACUGUUAAUUCAGAAGCAUAUCAAGCAUAUAUUUCUCCAUAUGUCAACAACAUCAACGAAGGUCUUCUUGGGUUGCAAGAAACAUCUUUAGUUCAGAUCGUGUCACCCUUAGGUACAUCGCUCUUCACUCCCAGUGAACUCACUAAUUAUAGAAUGGAGUUGCUCACCUCAAAAUCUGAUUCCUUCUACAAUGAGUCUUCUUUGUUAUACCCUACAUUGGAUCAGUACUUAUUCACAGAGUAUAACAGAGUAAACACCUUUAUUUCUUCCAAUGAAAUGAGAAGUAACGCUACGUAUUCAUACAACUUUACUGGUACCGAUAAUUCUUCUUUAUUUACAAUGCAGCUGAAUGAUUCCAUUGAUUUAGUUACUAUAUCUAAUACAUCGUUGCUACAUACUUGUCAGACGCUACUAGAUUCCACAGACUCAUACAAUGUCUCAAUUUUCAGUGGUUUUUCACAUAAUCUGCAUUUUAGAUAUAUCAUUGAUAACAAUGAUCAAAUAUUUACUAAUUUUUCUAUAAGGGAAUACGUCAAAUGUGGGUUUUCGCCAAUAUUAAAUUCGUCAACUUUGGCCUACGUUGACUCACACAGUAAUAGCACUAGCCCCGAUAAUUCUACAACAACCUAUGAUACUCUUUGGGCAUCUAUUAACGUAAUGUUGCCAAAUUCACUUUGGGCAUUUGCUUUAGGACAACCUUAUACUCCUGAUACAUCGGAUUCUGGUAAUAGUACGGCUUCUAAUGAUGGUUUAAGUGGAAGCAGUAGUAAUGCUAACAAAACGAAGAUUGAAAAUGAUACUGACGAUGAUGAUGACCCCAGUACGUCUCAGGUCGCCUUUAGCUGUGGUACACUAAGUGAAGAAGGCAUAUUAGUAAACAAUUGUUAUUUGAGCCUUCCCUUUGCUUGCCAAAACACCUCAAAUCCAGAUGAAUGGUCCAUUGAUUUUGAUAAUAGAAAGACUUACUUUGAUUCAUACUUGGAUGCAUCGUGUCCAACUGGAUUCUACUUCUCAAUUCCAAAACUGAAUAUUGAAAUGUUAAGUCUUCUUACUUAUAUCAACAAAACAACAACCAGUGGUUCUAAAUACCCUAUAUGGAUAGAUUUGAAUGAUAUAACAAUACCCCAAUGUUAUGUUAGUGGAGGUCCAUAUGCUUCAUGUCCAUAUCAAAAGACAAUAACGUACCUGACAUUGGUGAGGAUGACAGCUCCUAGUGCGACUGUCGCUGUAGUUGUAUUGGUCUUAAUAUUUCUAGAAAAGUUUAUCAGAGUGAACCCUAUCCACCUGAAUAGGAAAAAGCACUGGAAAAAGGUCAUCGAAAAGUAUACGAACGAGCAAGCAUACGAAGGUGUUCCAUCCUAG